AUGAGCUUGUCCCGGUUCCGCCUGAUAACGUUCGACGUGCACAACACGCUGCUACAGUUUCGGUCCAGUCCCGGCAAGAAAUAUGGCGAAAUAGGGGCCAUGUUCGGAAUAAGCAACAACAACAACCAACUGGUUUCGAACUACAUUCAAAGCUGGCGCAAAAUGAAUCGGCUGCAUCCGAACUUUGGACUGAAGACUAAAAUAACGUACAAACAAUGGUGGCAAAUGAUGAUAGACGGAAUAUUCAACGAAAACGGCACACACAACACUCCACCGGAAAAGAUCGAGCAGAUGACCGAACACUUCAUGGAGUACUUUAAGACGAGCGUCUUUUGGCAGCAUUGCUAUGGGUCGGUUGACUUCCUGAACUAUCUGAAACUGCAGCGACACGUGGAGUCGAACGGGCACAAGGAGCCACCGUUUAAGCUUGGCGUCAUUUCCAACUUCGAUCCCCGGCUGGACGUGCUGCUGCGAAAUAUGAAAAUUAAUCACUAUUUCGACUUUGUGCUCAACUCGUACGACGUUGGCUAUAUGAAACCGUCGAAGGAAAUUUUCGACCGUGCCAUGCAGUCGGCCGAGAUAAAAGACCUUAAGCCACACGAGUGCCUGCACAUCGGUGCGACACCGGCGACGGAUUACUUUGGCGCACGGAACGCCGGGUGGUACAGCUUACUGGUGCACGAGAAGUCGGCCGAAGAGUUGACGCGAAAGUACGGUCAGUUGGUUGAGGAUAAUCAUGUGUUUUCUAGUCUGUUUGAUAUCCACAAAAAGAUAUCGAACGAUUACAUGAGAUGGUGAUUGAUAUUAAAGGAACAUGUUUAAGUGUUUGUUAAAUGUUUGGUUAAUAAAU